GAAGCAGCGAAAUGAAGUUGGCACCGUACGGGUGUUUUCUGCCUUAGACUGAAGUCACAGAACAAAACGAUGUUAAGAGCAGAAGUCAAGCGAACACUGACAGAGGGGGUCUUGCAGCAAACUGGCUAACCUGAGAUCAGGAUGAGUCUACGGAAGCAAACCCCCAGUGACUUCCUAAAACAAAUCAUUGGAAGGCCAGUUGUUGUAAAAUUAAAUUCUGGAGUUGAUUAUCGAGGUGUCCUGGCUUGCCUGGAUGGAUAUAUGAACAUAGCUCUGGAGCAGACUGAAGAAUAUGUAAAUGGACAAUUAAAGAACAAGUACGGGGAUGCAUUUAUCCGAGGAAAUAAUGUGUUGUACAUAAGCACCCAGAAGAGGAGGAUGUGAAGAUGCCAGAAGGAGGCUGUUUUUUUGUACUUGUGAACCUCUUUGAAGUGAUGAGCCCUAUUUGAUUUGUAGUUCAUAAUCCGCAGGUGAAAUACACAAGUGUUUAAAUAUUUUUUUUAAAUAAAUGUGAACGGGUGUAAA